CUGACUUGUGGUGGCUCGAAAGAGAGUCAAAAAGCUUCUUACACCUUGAGAGGUAACAUGUAGCUCGAAUGUUUUGCCAAUUAGCCAGCUUCACUCCCAGACAUUCGCACCUUUAAGCCAACGCAGUGCUACUACCACUUUUGCAGCUGCUUUUGCAAUGACGACCGCAGACUUGACACCAGGCUAGAUGAAUGCGUGCACGUCUCCAAAGCACAAGCAGUGAUGCUUUAACUGACGACAGCUUCAGCAUUCCGCUGGAGAUACCAACACUGGAGAUCCCCAGCGAGUUGAUGCUCCAGGUCCCUCAGUCAGGUUCCCUACCGAUGCCCUCCCGGCCAAGCUCCAGCUCACCUUCUUGCCAGUCGCUUGCCAGAUAGGGCAAACUACAGGCGCACUCUGCCCAGUUGGUGCACCCUCCGAGGAGCCACCUGGCCUUCUCGGGCGCCUCCAGAGGCCACGCCAUGCCGGUGGCCGCUGUUAGGCGCUCUGAGGCACGAAGGCGGCCGGCGGGUUCGCCGAUCCAGCCUGCACCAGAGUGGUACGGGAUGAGACGCCCGCCCUUUGCAGUGUCACCAUAUCCAGUUGGACAACCUGCGGCACUGCAGGGUGAUGGAGCCUGCGUACCCUUUGACAGCAGCUGCAGCCCUCGAAGCGGAAGUCCUCUAAGCAACACGAGUGACCUCGACGAGGCCAGACCAGAAAGGCUGCGGGUGAACUCUUACGCUUUCAGCCGGGGUCGCUCAGCUCAGCAAAGCGUUCCUUCACGCCCUGUCAAUGUUCAGGAUCGAGCCCACUCAGUUCCUCUUGCAGAGAGAGACCAUCGGGCCCGAGUCAUCUACGACCAGGUGAGUUCUCGCAAUGCUGAGGUCCAUUCACCGAGCCGCCCGCAUGCGCCAGAUUCCGAGGAGCUACGGCAUACAGUUUCCGACCGGCAACUUUCUCGCUAUCUCUCUGCACCAGAGUUGCCAUCUCCUUGGCAAGUUGCAGAGGAGUUGGGCCAGGCUGGUGGCAUGGCGGCUCCGAGAUAUUUGCUGGUCCGCCUUGGAGAGUGUAUCCCCGCAGAGACAGGUGCAGCCACAGUUCCUCGUUCCAGAUUGGAUUGUGGACCACAGUGGCGGGACUUUCUGAACUUUGCAGAGUACGCCAAUCCAGAGGGGGUCUCUUUGCAGGAGGUGUUGACGUGCCCCUGUUGUUUGAGCAUUUUCCGGCAGCCUAUCGGUCUACCCUGUGGCCAUAGUCUUUGCCGAGGUUGCUAUGUGCGGGUCUUCUCGCAGUCGACAAACUCCCGAAAAUGCCCUUUGUGCCGAACGGACCUGCCUCGUUGCGACCUGCGGGUGAAUGUGGCAAUGGCCGCAGUCUCUGAUGCUUUGCGAUCCUUCCUGGCAGUGCAAAGGCCCAAUCCACGAACCGCCUGAGUGCCGGGCGCCGGGUGGGCCGCUCAAAGGGCGGCUUGACAAUCCUGAAGUGAAGUUGAAAAGCGUGAGGAACGACAGG